GAAAGAAAGAUAGAGCGCCGACGAUAUGGGGAAAAAAGAUAAGAAAAAGAGAAUAAGAAAAGAAAAGAAAAGGAAAGAAAAAAAGCAAAAAAAAAAGAAGUAAAAUUAAGUAUAAAUUAAAGAGAGAACACGUCGACCCGUCAUAGAUUCAAGCACAAUAAGGACUAGUAGGGCCAGGCACAAUAAAAUUCGGCCGUCACGUUGUAGGCAGCGAUCUGUUAGAGUGACAAGUCAUAUUAAGUAUCUAUAUAUAGCGAGACUAUUAAAUAAACACAUAUUGUCUAUUGUCAGACGAGUGUAUCAUUCAUUGUUGACGUUAAAUUCGUUUAUCCUAUCCGACCUUCUGAUAAAACGAAUGCUAAAAUAAAAAACAAAUGCAUAGGAGAAUGUUCUACGCUCAUUGAUAUCUGAACCAUUCCUAUCCUCGAUGUUUUUCUUUUUUCUUUUUUUUUUGAUAAAUACUACGAAACAAUCGAAAGAUUAAUAUUCGGAAGUAUCCAUGAAGUUGGUUGUAAAAAGAUAUAAUCACGUCGUUCGCCUAGUUAAUAUUAAUAUUUUAAUAAUAAUUGUUUCAUUUUAUCAAUUAUAAGCGAUCAUAGGAUUAAUAUUUUUUAUUAUAAUAUAUAGGAUAAUGGAGAAUCAGUUAAAUCUUCUUGCUUAUUCCAAUCAAACUGGUACAUAGAUCAUAAGAAAUAUUUUAUUUCUUAAAUAUAUUAGAGGUUAAUUAUAUUUAAUUUAAAUUAAUAAAAAUAUAUAUGUAUAUAUAUAUAAUAUAUAAUAUAAUAUUAUAUAUUAUAUAUAUAUAUAUAAUAUUAUAGAUGAUUCGAGUAAUGGCAAACAAACCAUAAAUCAGAAAAUUUCGAAGUUAGAAAUGCAUACGAGAAUUUUCGCGUCUAUGUGUCCCGAUGAAAUUCUGGAUUAUUUUGACGACUAUAGUAUGAGAGAGUAUUUAACAACGCUAAUGCUCGGUGAUAUAUCAGGCUUUACCGAUUUUGUUGAAAAAUAUACGAAAGCAGGUAAAGGUGGUGCAUCAAAAUUGACGGAGACAUUGAACAAUUACUUAGGUCUUAUGAUUCAAGAAAUUCUCUCGCAAAAUGGCGACGUAUUAAAAUUUUCCGGUGACUCUUUUAUCGUCAUGUGGAAGCUUAAAAACGAUACUAAUAUGCGCGACCUAGCAACUACGGCGAUUCAAACGGCUUGCGUUAUACAAAAACAUUUUGGCAUUUAUGAGACUGACGUUGGUAUCACACUAAGAGUAAAACUAGCCAUAGCGUCUGGUACAACAUAUUUUACGUCUAUCGGUGAUCCAAAGAAAAUGUCGCAUUACAUGAUAACCGGUAGGCCUGUGUGGGAAGUUAAAUAUGCCGAACAACUUUGCAAAGGUGGCGAUAUUUUAGUAGCACUUAGCACCUGGCAAUGGAUAAAUCCAAUCGACUACAUCUAUGAAACACUUCCUGAUGGCUUACAUGUUCUUGUUAUAACUUGUUCUACCUUAUGGUAUACUUUGAAAAGUUCUUACAAUGAAAAAGCGAACAAUGAAAAAGGUAUACUAAAUCAAUCACUUACAUUAUAUAUAAAUUUUGUCCUUUUUCUUUUUUUUCUUUUUUUUUCAGUACGACCAAAAAUCUUAAAAGUAGCGAAAGCACAUUUGAAAGACGCUUUGAAAAGUUAUAUAUUAAGACCGGUUGUCCGUUCAGUCGAAAUGGAUGAACCGUUGAAAUAUCUGUCCGAAAUGAGACAAGUCGUUAUUGUAUUUGUCAAUGCAACCAUCAAUGAAAUAAAAAAUAAACAAUUGAUGAGAUCAAUCGACACAGCGUACAAACUCGUAUGCAGGAUAGUCAAUGGGAUGCAAGGAUGUGUCAACAAAACGUCUCUCUUUGACAAAGACCUAAUGUUUCUUUGCAUUUUUGGUUUGCGAGGAGAUAAACAUGAACUUGAAUCACAAAUUGGCCUUAAAUGUGGCUUCAGAUUGCGAAUUGCUUUGAAAGAGUUAACAAAUAUUACUGACGUCACUGUUGGCGUUACAACAGGGAUGACAUACUGUGGCGUUGUUGGUCACAUACUAAGAAGAGAGUAUACAGUUAUUGGAAUGGCGGUGAACAGAGCUGCUCGACUUAUGAUGGUUUACAAAAAUAAAGUUAUAUGUGACAGAGAGAGUUUUCUUCAUUCUCAAUUAGAAGGUAGCCAUUUCAAAUUACAAGAGCCAAAAUAUUUGAAAGGAAUUAUAGACAUUGGUCCAAUUUACGAGUUCGAAGAACAAGUCAAAGAUAAAACGUCGGAAUUGAUUUGGAGCAAAUAUCCUUUGCUAGGUCGAGCUAAAGAAAUGAAAAUUUUUCGAAACUUAUUAGCAACUAUGUUAGAUUACACAGUCAUGAAAAAUCAUUCAACAACUGAACCACAGUACAAUACAUUGAUAAUAAGAGGUGAACCCAGAAUAGGAAAAACGAGGAUGUUAGACGAAAUGGCAUUAAACAUACCAAAUGGUAUCCCAUUAAAUUACAUUUCUCUUGUUUCAACAGACAUGCAGAAGCCGUACACCUUAUUCCAUCUAAUAUUCUCUUUACCCUUGAAAUUCUCAUCAACGUCAACUUCAAAGGAUCGAGAAGACAAGUUGAUGCGUUUAUUAAACAAUAAACUUUAUCCUGAAUAUCUCUGUGUGUUGAAUGAAGUCUUCAAUGUUCGUUUCCCAAUGACCGAAGAAUACACAAAUUUUAAGGAAUUAGAAAAGCAUAGGAUACUUGAAAAACUUUUAAUAUAUCUAACAAAAAAAUGUUUUCAAAAACUCUGGAUCAUCAUUAUUGACGACAUUGAAUACGCCGACGAAGAGUCAUUGAACUUUUUCGAUAUUCUUAUCAACAUCAAUAUGUUUUUGUUCGUCAUUAGUGUUGGUCGAAAAGUUGAUGCAGAAUACAAAUUGGCUAAUACAUUAUUGAAAAAAGCACGAGUAUGUAAAUUUGCAAAAAUCAAUUAUGUCAUUGAACUGCAAGGUAUCGAUAAAUGGUAUCAUGUUGGUAUUGUGUGUCAAAUACUCAAUGUAUUUGGUAUAUCUACAGAAUUGGAAAAAUUUAUUCAAGAACGAAGUUUAGGAAAUCCAGGCUGGAUUGAAAGUUAUUUGGUGAGUCUCAUGCAAAGUAAUAAUCUAGAAAUCAUAAAUGUUACCAGAAAAGAAGCUGAGUCAAUGGGAUAUGUUUUACCCGAUUUAAAAAUGUUAAAAAGAUUCAUGUUGGAUUCGACUAUUUUAAAAAAAAGCAGUUUACCUCGCGAGGAUAGAUGGGAAAUGUACAAGACAAGUUAUAUGAAUGAUACAAUGUUAUCGAUCAAUAACACCAUUCAUCAAGAUGAAAUCGAUUUGAAUAGCGAACUGAUAAGCGUAGCUUUUUCAAAAACACUAGAAAACUCAUUAAUCAUGAAUAGUAAUAUGCGAAUAAACUUUGACGUACUUAUUUUAAAAGUGUUCGAUGCUUUAACGCCACUCGAUCAAUUAUUACUUAAAUGUGCUUCUAUACUUGGCGUAUUUGUUUGCCGAAAAAUGUUGGAAAGUAUAGCUGAAAUGUCUAAGAAAGACACAGGUUUAAGUAAGAUUGGAUUACUAUAUAUAUAUAUAUAUUUAAUUGAACUAGCCAAUAUGCCGAAAUAUGCAUCAUGCGGUCUCAUACGUUUCAAGAUAACGAUAUUUCAAGACACAACAUAUAGAUUACUCACGGAGGAUCAAAAAAUCGAGUUACACAAGAAGGCACUCAAAUAUUUAGAACGAAAUACCAGACGUUGCAAAUCAUGUGGCGAAGGAUAUUUUUCAAAAUUAUUAGGUGAAAAAUUCUUGGACGAAGUAGGAAAAAUACCGAUAGAAUAUCCAUUGAAUAUAAGACAAUUUAAUGAAAUAGGUUCAAAGUUAUUCGACAUACCCAAAAUAAAAAGUAAAAUAAUGAUUAAAUAAAUAUAUUUGAUAAUAAACAUAUAUAUGAUGAUUUAUAUGUUUUUAGAUGUGUUAACCAGUAAAAAUAGUCUACCUUAUUUAAAUAUUUUAAGAAAAUCAAAGAGAAAACUAAUACGUACUUUUUCCAACAUUGAUUUCACUAAUUGUGAAUGUAAUCUGAUAUUAUUAACCGUUUAUACACAAAUGGUUGAGCAUUGUCGUAGAAUUGGUGAUAAUGAUAAGACUUUAAUCGCUAUAUUGGAAUUCGCUGAGAUAUGCAUUGAAAAUCAAAAUGUUCCUCAAGCAAGGAAAUUGUUGAACGAGGCUGAGACUACACUUCAACAGAAUACUUUCGACCCGUUCAAAAACUUUCGGCAUAUCCUGUAUUGCUUAAUUUUAAUUUCUUUUAAUCUUAACCUAAUCUUAAUUUCUAAGAUUAAAGGUAUGAAAAAAGAGACUCGAUUGGCAGCAAUAUGGGCAUUAAACAAAGCACGUUCUACCAGCGAUUUCUUGAUACUAUCCAUAUGUUACACCAACAUGCUGACUAUCGGCCACAUGUAUUGCACGAAGUAUAACAUCAUUAAGUAUUUGGAAAACGAGAGCAUCGAUUUGUGUAACGAAGAAGUUAGAAUGAUAGAGUAUCAAGAUCUCAAAAUAAUUAUUGAACUUUAUGCCGGUGUUUUUUUCUCACGUUGGCUAAGAGGACAAAUUAACGAGGCCAUCGACAUCGGUUUCAUCAUUAUCAGAUUAGCAAAAUCUAUUAAUUUAACAAAUACCGAAUGUAUUGUUUUACCAAGACUCAUUAAUCUUCUGAUGAUCUCUUGUCGUUAUUCCGAAAUUGUCUCAAUAUUACGAGACUUAGGUGAUCAUCUUUUUUCUUUUAACUUAAUAAUAUUCCAUACAGAAUUUGUGUCGAAAAACCAUAUGGACAAGUCCGGUCGUACGUGGUAUUACGCGACGUGUGCCGAAGUACAAUUGGAUAUAGGAUUGAUAGUUCUUUCUUAUCAAAAUUGCGAACGUUAUUAUCUGAAAGAAGGUGAAAAUCUGUUGAGCCUGCGAGAUUCGGAAGCCGAAAGACGAUAUUUUAUAUCAAUGUGGCUAUGGUGUAUUAGAAACAAAGAAUGGGCAGCAUCUAAGGUAUGGAUAAAAAAAAAAGUUGAAAAAAAGAGUACCGAUGAAGACCUAGUCGCAGCCACUAUUACGGAUUUGAAAGAACUCGAAGGAAUGCUCAUUUCUUACGUACAUUAUGUGAACAAUUAUGACGCCAAAGCUAUAAAUAUUAUGACGAGUAUCAAAGCUUCUUUAAAAAAUAUUAAAAAGAUGGUGAAAAUCGUGAAAAUUGCGAGACCAAGGUACAUAUUAAUAAAAGCUUACUAUUAUAUGGUUCGGGGUUACAAAAAGAUGGCUAUAAAGAUUUUACAAAAAGCUAUAAAAAUAUCUUUCAAAAUGGAUAAUAAAAUGAUAUAUGGAUGGGCAAUGCAUUGUAAACAAGCUUGGGAAGGAAAACUGCCAUUGAUAGAACGUGACUUGUGGCAACAACAAUCGAUGAUCCCUUCGUCUUCAACUUGGAACGAAAUUAAUACGAACGAAACGAAAAUUAUCUUUUAUACAUUGCCAGUACCGACCUAUUAAAUCUUAUAUUUUGUUUUAUUGAAAUGAUUAUUUAAUGAUAUAAUAUAUUCUAUUGUACAUAAAAAGUAAUUAAAUCCAUUUGAUAAACACACGCACAACAUACCAACGCCUUCUCAAAUCAAACUGAGCGUAUGUCAAGGUUACUAUUUUACAAAAUAAUAUUACGCGAAGAAAACAACGAUCAUUGGUUAAACUUAUAAAAUGGCAAUGGGCGCCAUUUUAAGAUUAAUUUUAAAAAUAAUACAAAAGCUUUAAAUUGUAAAUAUAUAUUUCUUUUUAUAUAAUAUAUCCAUUGGAAAUUGUAUAAUUAUUUAAUAAGUACUUUAUUUCUCGGUUUUCUUGUUACUUUAAAUUUUCUGCGUGUUUCCUCUAAGCAGUGCUAUUAAUUAAAAUAAAAAAACAAAAGACUAACUUGUUUGAUUUGGAAAACUUCAAUAAAUUCAGUAACAUGUCCAGAAACAAAUUAUUUUAAAUCUAAACAAAAAUAAACCUUUUGAUUGCAAAAUUUCAAUUUAUCAAAAACCUACAUCUUAUCAACAAAUAUGUCGUAAGCAUAAAAUAAUAUAUUUUGUAUCAUGGAAAUCAAAUUAAAACUACUGUUAUUAUUAGGUGUUUUCCGUGCUCUCCUCCAAGCUGUUAUCCAGCAUG